GGUGGAAUAUGCACCAAAGCUGGUUUGCCAACCUCCAUUAACGUCCAAGAAGAAGAACAUUUAUUUCAUUCAAGGAGGAGCCGUGAACAAACGCAGCCUGCAAAGCCAUUGUCAGAUAAGGUAGAGACUCCUCAAAGCUUUCGGGCGCAGCAGCAGCAGCUAGUCUGAGGAGAGAAAUUCAUAUUCAGUGAAGCUCCUCCCACAAACCCUGCAGAAUGAACCACACUGAAGAUACUGAGGAACAAACAGAGUUGAUUAAACAAAACAAUGAGAAUGAAGAACUGGCUGAAGCUGAGGAGAAAAAUCAUGUCAAAACUGGAGAAGAACCUUUGAGUUGCUCUCAAACCAAUCAAGAUGAUUUAAAGAAAAUAAGAUCAAAGAAAUCUUUCAUUUGCACUCAGUGUGGAAAGAGUUUCUCACACAAAACAAAUAUUGGCCGCCACAUGAGAAUUCAUACUGGAGAGAAACCGUACACUUGUGAUCAGUGUGGGAAGAGUUUCAUACAAUCAGCAAACCUUAAGGUACACAUGAACAUUCACUCUAGAGAAAAAACUUACAAAUGUUCACACUGUGACAAGAGAUUCAGUCGGUCAGAACAACUGGAAAAACAUGAGAGGAUCCACACUGGAGAGAAACUUCAUAAGUGUUCACACUGUGACAAGAGAUUCCGUCAGUCUCGAGACCUGAGAACACACGAGAGGAUCCACACUGGAGAGAAACCGUACAAGUGUUCACACUGUGAAAAGACAUUCAGUAAUUCUGGAUACUUGAAAACACAUGAGAGGACUCAUACUGGAGAGAAACCAUACAAGUGUUCACACUGUGACAAGACAUUCAGUCAGUCUGGAUACCUGAAAACACAUAAAAGGAUUCACACUGGAGAGAAACCAUUUACAUGUGAUCAGUGCGGAAAGAGUUUCACACAAAAUGUAAACCUUACGGCUCAUAUGAGAAUUCAUACUGGGGAGAAACCAUUUUCUUGUGAUCAUUGUGGAAAGAGUUUUACUCACUUAGCAAACCUUAAGGGCCACAUGAACAUCCACACUAAAGAGAAGCAGCACGCAUGUGAUCAGUGCGGCAAAACUUUUUUGUGGGCUCCGGACCUGAAGAAACACCUGAGAGUUCAUACAAAGGAGAAGCCGCAUUCAUGUCAUUUGUGUGGAAAGAGUUUUUCAUUUCUACAAAAUUUGAGAGUACAUCAGAAAAUGCAUACAGUUAUGAGAGAGUACAUGUGCUGUGAGUGUGAAGAGACUUUUACUUCAGCAAACUGUUUAAAACAGCACCAGAGGAUUCACACUGGAGAAAAAUCUUAUAAGUGUUCACUCUGCAACAAGAGAUUUAGUCAGCCAGGAAAUCUGAAAACACACCAGAAGAUUCACACUGGAGAGAAACCUUAUAAGUGUUCACACUGUGACAAGAGAUUCAUUCAGUUAAUACAACUGAAAACACAUGAGAGGGUCCACACUGGAGAGAAACCGUAUCACUGCACUGAAUGUGGGAAGCGUUUCAGUCAAUUAUCUUCUCUACAGAGUCACACAAGGAACAAUCACAGCUCAUCUUCAGAUCCAGCACUUUCAGUUCUGAUGCCGCUUCCUCACCAAAUGUGACACAAUAAUGCAUCAAGCAAUAAAAUAUAAUCUGGAUAAAUCAUAAAUGUAUGAUCAAGUGACAUGGCAAAGAAACAUUAUCUUA